UAGAAAUAAACCUACCUGGAAGAGAGUUGAUUCCUUUUAGUCUAGCAACAACAAAAAAAUUCAUUGCAUCUACUUUCUUAGUCAAGUCGCUAUUUUUUAAGUGCGAUUAACCUAAAAUAGACUUGUGAAGUGUUAAAGCUGAGCCCUAUUGACAUGGAUGAUAUAUGUUCAGGUGUUUCUAAUAUUAAGCUCACAGCAGAGGAAUCAGAAGCACAAAAAUGGAAAACAGUUAUUAAGAAUAGCGGAUGCAAUGUUAUAAUUGAUCAAGAAAUAAAUGAGUUGCAAAAAGAACCUAAUUCUAAUGAAGAAGCAUCAACAAGCAGUAAAGGAGGUAUAUCUGAGUUAAGAAACUAUCAAAAAGAACUAGCUGAAAAAGCCCUCACUGGAGAGAACGUCAUUAUUUGUGCUCCCACAGGCUCAGGGAAGACUAAAGUGGCUACUCAUAUAAUAUUAGAGCAUCUUAGAGGAUCAAAUGGCCAAGAGAAAAGGAAAGUUGCAUUUUUGGCAAGGACAGUCCCUCUUGCUCUACAACAAUAUAAAGUAUUGGCUAGAGAUCUACCUUCAGAGUAUCUGGUGACAAGAAUUAGUGGUAGGAGUAAUAAUGGAAUGAAGCUGCAUUUUCUUGUGGAUGGUUAUGAUGUCCUUGUCAUGACACCUAUGAUCUUGUACAACUGUUUGAAACUGAAAGUACAACAACUGGAGCAUCUGGGCGUCUUCUCGUUGAUUGUGUUUGAUGAGUGCCACCACACACAUAAGGGAGAGCCUUACAACCUGCUCAUGUACACCUAUCUAAAAACCAAAAACACAUCUCCUGGCAUUAAGCUACCACAGAUUGUUGGCCUUACAGCAUCAAUCGGUGUUGAAAAGGCAAAUAAAGCUGAAGACGCUAAGAAACGUAUUUUGGAGAUUUGUGGAAAUCUUGAUGUCAAACACAUUUGCACUGUUGUCAGACAUAAAUCAGAACUUGAGGAGUGUAUGCCAAAUUUAAAUGAAAAAACAAAGCAACUUAAGCCUUGUGAUGAUGACAUUUUUGUUAAAAAACUGCAUGAAAUUAUGAAAAAACUGGAAGAUCAAGUGAAAGAUAAUGUUACUGAUCUAAAUAAUAGUGCAUUAAAGACACUUGCAAGCAAGAUACCCAGCAAUAAGAGAAAACUUCUAGAGUACAGGCAGUGGGCAGAUAAAGUAAGAAGAGAAGCUAGAGCUGAAAUGCUGGACCAAAACACAGAUCUCUCUGUGAGGAACUUGAUUGUAAUUGCAAACCAUUUGACAUUUUACAACAUUGCUCUGGAGAGCUAUGACUUAAUGGACCUUAAAGAUAUAAUGGAUCACUUCCCCAAGUUUAAAGCUGAUGAGGAUAGCACUAGUCAAGAAAUUAUUUGUCAUCAGUAUUUUGAAGAGCUGGAAAAACUAGUUUUGGACAACAGAGGUGGGACAAAUCAAAAUUUGAUCAUUUUGGCUGAAACAAUAAAAGAACACAUGCAGGAGCAAAGACAUCGAUGUAUCAUCUUUGUUAAAACUAGGGCUCUGACAGAAGCUGUUUCUUCAUGGCUUAACAGAUCAGAUUUGACACAGGGUAGUUUUAAAGCUGCCCCCUUCACAAGCUCCAAUAAUACUUUUGGGCAAGGCAUGUCUCAAGUUGACCAAGAUAAAGCCUUAGAAGGGUUUAGAAAUGGAGAAAUAAGAAUUCUUGUUGCAACUUCAGUAGCAGAAGAAGGUCUUGACAUACCAGAAUGCAAUUUAGUUAUUAAAUACAAUCAAGUUGGAAAUGAAAUUUCUACAGUGCAGACAAAAGGAAGGAGCAGAAGCAAAGAAGGUGUGUCAGUGUUGCUGGCAAUGAACGAUAUUCUACAAAAGGAGAUUCAAAAUCGCCAGAGAGUCAAGUUGAUGUAUGAAGCUAUUGAAAGCAUUCAAGCCAUGGAUGAAGAGGAGAGAAUGAAAACCAUAGAGAUGCAUCAAGCAACUGUACUAAAAGAAGGACAAAUGAAAGAAAUGGAAGAUGAGAAUAGAAAAAAAAUGUUGAAAAAAACUCCUUUUACCAUGAUCUGUCACUUGUGUAGAAAGGUCAAAAUUGACAGCUCAAAAGUUAGGCUAAUUAAUGGCACUUGUCGUGUUGCUUUAGACAGUUCUCUACUACACCAGGUCCAGCUAGAGCCUUACACUGAUGGCCCUACGGAACAUGAUGAGAUUGAGUAUGUUGGUAAUGUCAGGUGUAGAGGUAUGCCCCAGGAAGGGAAACGAUGCAAAGGGUUUUUGGGCAGCAUGAUUCGUUUCAACAACAAUCCUGUGGUUGCCUUGGCGGCCAUGAACUAUACAUUUGUUUCAAAUAAUGGUCAACCAGAAAACCCCAAGCAGUGGAAGAAUGUAAAAUAUUUUGUACCAGAUUUGACGAUGGAAGAUAUAUUCAGGUACACAUCAGAAGAUAGCAUGGAUGAGGACAUGAUGGAACCUGACAAUGAGGGUGAUGGAAAUUUGGGCGGAGGGGAACAAAACAGACCAGAACCCAAAAUAGAUCAGUCAGCAAAAAGACUCCAUCCUACCGAAGAUAUUUCACACAUUAAGAAACAGAAAGUGGAAAAUGAGGUAGGACCAAAUGACAACAAUAAUAUUGAUCAAGUUCUCCAGCAAAUGGAUGAAUGCAUAGAGAUGAUAAAAAAUGAUACAGCUACUAACUAGACUUAAUUUAUAGCUCAAACUAUUUUACUUCAAAUUAUAUUCAUCAGUCACUUUUUAAAUGUUACUCUUAAAUGUUUUUUCCUUGCUUUUUACGGAGUUUGAACUUAGUUCUUUAAUAUUCCUAGCUUUGUAAUUUAUGUGAAAGUUCUUUAAAUUCUUAUACCACGUUUACACUUGCAAUAUGUAUACUUACCUGCAUUGAGGUUUUUUCUAGACAUGUUGCAAGUGUAAAUGCUGUGUCACACUAUAAUUGUAUAAAACAUUAGACUAUAUCUAUAUACCUUCUACCUUUAUUGUGGAUUUUUAAAAAUGUUUUUGGUUAUAUUGACAGACAUGGUUGACCAAAAUGUGAUAUACUUAAAAUAUAAUAAAUAAUAGGACAACAACUUGGAAAAUUAGCUUUUUAAAAUUCCUUUUGCAGUAGUCCUUGGCCAAGUCAUCAUGCUCUAUUGUCAUAUUGAUGUGUUUUGAACAACAAACCAGACAAUCAGUAUGCAAUAAGAAUGGAUGGGUUGUAUAAACUAGCUGGAAGAUAAUGCUGGUUUUUACUACUGUGCUCAAUUAUUUAUUUGUCAAUAUUUUUUUUUAAAGCAAAUCUAUUUAAUCAUUGUAUUUGAAAAUGGGUAUUGU